CAUUGAAAAACCCUGCCAAUUUCUCCCCUAAACUCUAUUUUCUUUCCAUUUUAAACAAAAACUUCUCACAAAUGUGGUGAGUUUGCAGUGAAACAAGUAACUUAAACCAACACCCGUGAUGGAUCGUCUCAAUGGUCCUCCCCAUCUCAUGAUAGUUUCAGAUCUUGAUUUCACUAUGGUCGAUCAUGAAGACCCGGAAAACUUAUCCCUUCUUCGAUUCAAUUCCCUUUGGGAAGCCUAUUACCGCCAGGUUUCUUUGCUGGUGUAUUCCACUGGAAGGUCCCCGACUAUCUAUAAACAGCUGAGGAAGGUGAAGCCCCUUUUGACCCCGGAUAUAACGAUAAUGUCAGUGGGCACUGAGAUUGCUUAUGGUGAAUCGAUGGUGUCUGAUUCUGAUUGGGAACACUGUUUGAAUCUCAAUUGGAACAGAGAUAUUGUUUUUCAGGAAACUGCAAAGUUUUCCCUGCUUAUUCCUCAGCCAGAUACCGAGCAACGACCUCACAAGGUUAGCUUUUUCUUGGAGAAGCCUAAUUCAUCAGAAGUAAUCAAGGCGCUUUCAGAACGUCUAGAAAAACUUAAGCUAGAUGUUAAAAUAAUAUAUAGCAAUGGGACAGCUUUGGAUGUAUUACCAAAAGGUGCUGGUAAAGGACAAGCGCUUGCAUAUUUGCUGAGAAAGUUUAAAGCUAAAGGAAGAAUUCCACUUAAUUCCCUUGUUUGUGGCGACUCUGGAAAUGAUGCUGAAUUAUUUACCAUUCCUGAAGUAUAUGGUGUGAUGGUUAGCAAUGCACAAGAAGAAUUAUUACAGUGGCAUGCUGAAAAUGCAAAAAUCAAUCCCAAUAUAUUCCAUUCAAGCGAGAGAUGUGCAUCCGGAAUAAUACAAGCCAUUGGAAAAUUCACUCUGGGUCCAAAUGUGUCUCCCAGAGAUAUCUCAGACUUUGGAAAAUGCAGAGUAAAUUUUUUCAGCCCUGGUUACGAAGUUGUGAAGUUCUAUUUGUUUUAUGAGCGAUGGCGACGUGCUGAAGUCGAGAAGUCUGACCAGAUUUUGCAGAAUCUUAAAUCAAGCUUUUAUCCAUUAGGUACUUUUGUCCAUCCUUGUGGGACUGAGCAACCAAUGAACAAGUGCACAGAUACAAUUGAAAGAUUAUAUGGGGAUAAACGAGGAAAACAAUAUCAAAUUUGGUUGGAUCGCGUUUUAACAUCACAGGUUGGAUCAGAUGUAUGGCUAGUGAAGUUUGAUAAAUGGGAGUCAACUGGUGAGGAAAGAUAUUGCUGUCUUACAACAGUCUUACUGACUACAAAGCAAGCUGAAGAAUCCUUCACAUGGAUGCACAUACAUCAGACAUGGUUGGAUGGCUUGGAAGCAAAAGACCAAUCCGUUUGGUUUCUCUAGCCUGCAACCUGCCCAUGUAAUUUACUUUCUUGUCUUGGGACUGAAAAGUGAAGUAGAAAAAUGAUUUCGAAAAAUACGUAUAAAUUAUUUAGUUUAAGUUCUAUGUUUUUAACAUUAUUGUAAAAAAUUGACUUUUAAUAGUUAAAAUGGCGUGAUUGUAUA